AUGGCGACGAAGUCAAAACUCCAGUCACUCUCAGCACGCCGUUCCUCGCCGCGUACUCGCUCGGGAGCUGUGCGAGAACCUAUUUCCACACCGGCGGCUCCUUGCUCCAGAUUUGUGCCAAAACCCAAUUCGGACGAGAUCCCCCCACGCACGCCCUUCUCCUUCAAGUCCAUCACACCCACCACCCUAAAGUCCGUCUCUUUGUCCGACUGGUGGCUAACUAAGAAGGCCAACGAAACGGGUUUGGGCGUUUCAGGCUUCGAAUCAAAAGGCGGGCCUGAGGUGAGACUCUUCUCAUCAGCAGCAAUCUCAACAAGGCAUGACAGUACCACUCUCGAAACAUCUGAUGGCCUCACCGUCUCUAUCAGCGGCUUCAUCAACCGCUCUCGUUCUUUCCAAAACGGGUUUUCGUCUGAGGAUUGCAACCGUUUCCUCUUAGGGUUUCCUUACCACUGGAAAGACUACACUGAAGAAAGGUUCGUGGAGGAGGAGAAAGAUCACUGCGUUUCCUUUGAUGAUAUUCCUGUGAAUAGGUUGCAAGAUGUUCUCUUUACGGCUUCUCCUCGCUUUCAAGCUAAGAUCUUGGAUGAUGCUGUUGACAGUUUGAGAGAUUUGCUUCGUUCUAGUACUGAGAAGCCAGACAAGGAGUGUCGGACACCAAGAAUGGAUGGUGGAAACGAGGAGAGUUUGGUUUUGAGUGUUGUGGGAGUGAAGACUCGAGGGAUGGUUAGAAGGAGAGAGGAGGGUGAAGCUUCCAUUGGGGAAAGAGUCCUCAGAUCGUCCAAGAAGAACAAGUUUCUACUGAAUUAGCUUUUAGUAAUAUAUUUUUUUGGAUUGUUUUGUGGGAUGUGAAAUUUCUUAUUUUAUUGGUCUUAUCGUUUUUUGUUAUUUGUCAUCCUAGAAAUGAGGUUGAUCAAAGGAUCCCACCAAAAUACUCGGACAAAGACUAUUUCUCUCUUUUUGUCUGAUCAAUGUUUUGUAUUUUACGCAAGCAUAUACGCCCAUGUUUGAUU